AUGGAUUUCGUUGGUGAGGACGUAGCGUCAGAAGUCAGCAUUUCAGCAGGAAAUCCCGCUCCUAAUUCAGUUGCUACAAAGGAAAAAACGGAGGCUGACAAUAAUGAGGGUGAUCGGACUGGAGAAGAUGUGUCUCCUUCACUUCCUCUUUGUACUUCGACUCCUUAUUAUAAGCAACAGUCAUCGAGUUCAAGAGAAUUUCCCGCGUUUUCUCCUGUUGAAGAGUCGCAGUCUUCUGCUUUAGCUGCUGGUGAUGCAACGAAUAAUUCAGAAGAAAAACUUUUGGCUGUGGCUGUACAGAAGGAAUUGUUGUUUUUGGAAAAUAAAAAGAAAUUGGAGAUGAACUGCAAGGAGAUAAAUCACUUGAGAGGUACUGUUGGUGAACUGGAAUCUGAGGACUCGUUGGAAAAGAGCAAGGCAGAAGUUCUAAAGCUGCAAAACCAAAUUGACAACUUCCCACCUAAAAGUAAUCGUCUCGUAGAAACUGCUAAGGAACAAAAGGCCGUGGUUGUUGACUCGGAAACGCAGAUGGAUAAAACUUUUCGAGACAUUGUUCAGGAGCAAGCAGAUAUGUUGCUGAAAGAGAAAGCUCGAGACUUGCAACUAGAACGGGAGGAACUUGAAAAACGUUUGAACGAUAAAGAGUAUGAGUGGAGUAGGCAGCUAGAAGAAUUGCGGUCUGAUAGUACUGUGAAAGAAGAACUUUACCAGAGAAGAGUUGAUGAUUAUGAGGCGCGAAUAACGGAGUUAAUGAAAAAGAAAAAAGCUGCAGAGGAAGAAAAGGAAGUUUUUUUGAAAAACGAAACCGCCCACACAAAAAAGGAGGUGGAAUGGCGUGAGGAAAAGAAAGCUUUGCAAGACGUGUUGGAUAGAUGUCGAGAGGAGCUUAGAAAGUGUGCGGACUUGAAGUCUUCGUACGAAGAGUUGCAGAACUUGCUGAAAACUGAAGAGUCUAAAAAUUCUGAAUUGGCUAAAACGCUUGACGCUCAAUGUGUUAAGGCCAAAAAGUUCCAAGAUGAAGUUGAACAUUUACGAAGGAAAGUCGAAUCUAAUUUACCUCAUGGAAUAGCGCAGCCAGGAACUAAUGGUAGUUUGGAAGAAGUGAUCCACCAGUUGCAGAAUGAAAAAAUCAUUUGGGAACAGAAACUAGAUAAUAUGACUAAACAGCUGAGGAAGACUGAGAGUGAAUUAGCAAGUUCGAGGGCAGCUGUUGCUGAAGGACAGGAACGUUUGGUUUGUUGUUGUAGAUAUUUCAACAGUAUUCUUUUCAAAUAGUU